AUGCCAAUUGUUAGGAUUCCAUUUCAAAAUAGCCCGUCUUCGUGCUCAGAUCCUGAACAGGCAUACCAAACCGAGUAUCUAGCUCUGGUCGGGUCUUUCUGUCUCGUGGCCCUCGAGGCGUUCAUCCGGGUGCUGACAUUAGCUCUGCCUAUUUCGACCUCCGUCCGGGACGCAUCCGACUUUGUUGAACUCUGUCGCCUUUUUGGAUAUGAAGCCGAGGAGCAUAUUUCGCCUACAAAGGAUGGAUAUCUACUGGGGUUGCACCGCCUAGCCUGGCGAAAGGGCGAGGAAGGCCGAGCGGUGAACGCCGGUCCAAACAGUUUGAAGAAGAGGGUUGUCUACUUGCAUCACGGGCUACUGAUGAAUAGUGAGGUAUGGGUAUCUCUCACUGAUGCCGAGAGAUGUCUUCCUCUGGUUCUCGUCGAGCGCGGGUUCGACGUUUGGCUAGGAAACAACCGAGGAAAUAAAUACUCGAAAAAGUCGGUCAGGUCGUCGCCUUCGAGCCUUGACUUCUGGAACUUUUCCAUGGACGAGUUCGCCUUGCAUGACAUACCCGACUCCAUCUCGUACAUCCUCGACACCACUGGUGCGGAGAGCCUCUCGUACAUUGGCUUUUCUCAAGGAACGGCUCAAGCCUUUGCCACCCUCUCGAUCCAUCCAAAAUUAAACACCAAAAUCAACGUCUUUAUCGCGCUCGCUCCCGCCAUGUCCCCAGCUGGCCUGUCUAACGGCAUGAGCGUUGUACACUGGUUCCAGAUUAUCCGGAACCGCAGCUUUCAGAUGUACGACGACGAUCGGCCAGGAAUAUCCUUGAGUGGGCAAAAUAAGCACACCAAGGUUGCGCGCUACCCGACGCGGAACAUCAAGACACCAAUUGUCUUGGUCUACGGCGGAAGCGACUCACUGGUUGAUAUUAGGGUCAUGUUAAAAGAGCUGCCACCGCAGACCGUAGCUACAGAGAUACCUCACUACGAGCACCUGGAUUUCCUUUGGGGCCGGGACAUUGAUCGACAAGUCUUCCCACAUGUCUUUGACGCGCUUGACAGCUUUACCGACGCAGCGCACAGCCAGGAAGAAUACGACAGAUACAGAGUCGUGAGGCAGGAGAGCUUAAUCACAGCCACCAGGUUCCAGCACACCCGCAAGCCGAGCGACGUCACGGAUAGCGAAGAGACCAUAGUACCUGCCGAUGACACGCUGCACUCUAAUCACGGGGUGGCUUACCCUCAACGCCACCGGGCCAAGGAACGGCCACCAAAGGCCGCACCACUUCGCGACGCUCCGCGCAUUCGGACUCCGCACGGCCUGAAGGGCCAUUCCGAGGCAGACGACUUCUGUGGUCAGGAGAGCAUUGAUCGGCACCAGGAGCCCUAG